AUGUUGGACUACGGCAACUUCGAACGCGUCUUUGGCUCUUUGAGCCCCUUCCCCUACAACCGCACCACCAUCCAGGAAGCUGACAGCUACCGGCGGAGCCUCGAUGGCGCCCUCUUCCUCGACCGCGUCCUCGCCGCAUUAGGCCUGCCCAAAGCUCGCGCUCUGUAUCCUCCAAAGUCCGACGCCAACCUGCGCUCGCUGCACCAUCAGAUCAUCUCGGCCGGCUCGGUCGCUACUCUCCACAAACUGUCGCUCCUCUACUACCUCCUCCUGGACAUCGACGAUCUGGCACCGGCACACCAUGAUUCCAAGGCCGACUCCUUCGCCUCGUCCGCCGGUCUUCCCACCAAGUACCAGAUCCUCAUGAAGGGCCUCUGGUAUCUGGACCGCCAGGCCUUUGCCCUCGCCGUCGAGGACCUCGCCCACCCCACCCUGCUCCCCGAGUUCGCCGACGACAUCAUCACCGUGCUGGUGCGCCACGCCAGCAAGGACGGCGACUACACCCUGCCCCUGGCCUACUGGCACACCGUCCAGCCCGUGCUCAAGUCGCCGGCCGCCGUCGAGCUUCUCUUCGAGGCCCUGUCCCAGUCCAACGUGUCCGAGGCUCUGCGUUUCAGCCGAACGAAGCCGGAUGGCAUCCGGGAGCAGCUGUUCCGCCGCCUGGUGAUCGGCGUCCUGGAGGGAACCGGGAACGACCACGGCGCCGACCGCGCCGAGGAGUUGGCGAGUCUGCCCUUUGACGAGUCGGAGGAGCAGUGGUUCCAAGACUGCUUGGGCAGCGGUGAGGGCAAGAGGGUCAAGGCUGCCCGGGAUACGCUACUCAUGCGCCGUAUCGCCAUGGGCGAGCCCGUACCCACCGCUGGCGACCAGGGUACUUGGGGCGUGGUGAUGGAGGCCUUCAAGGUGGGAAGCGGUGGACGGACAUGA